GCACUUGAACCUCGGUGUGGCAGUCGUGCACCUUCCCUCUGGCCAGUCCGCGAACGUGCGAGCGGGCCAGCAGUUCCCGUUGGCGAGUGUGGCGAAGCUGCCUCUGCUCUUCGCAGCAGCGCACGCCCUCCACUGCCCCUGCCCCUGCCACUCCACCCACCACCCACACGCCCCUGCUGCUGCACCCUUCGCCUCGUGCAGCAGUGGCAGCAGCAACGAAUGGCCGCCAUUGCGGCGGCUGUCACCGAAGAGCAUGCUGCAGGUGCGCGAGGAGGACAAGUGCAUUGGCAGUGGCCUCAUGCGCUCCCUGCCCAGUGGCAUGGCAGUGGCGGUGCAGCAGUGUCUGUGGCUCAUGAACUGCAUCUCCGAUAACACCGCUGCCGACCUUGUGUUCAAGGCGGUGGGGUGGCCGUGUGUCACAGGGCUGCUGCAAGCACAUGGCGCUCACAGCACAUCCGUGCACCUCACACAGCGACAGGCGUUUCUGCUGGCGCUGGGCUUCUCAUCGGAGCUGAGGGAGCCGUACGGCACGCCCAGGGCGCGCAGGUGGCAGGGGAUGUCAGUGGCGCAGCAGAGGCGCGUGGCGCAGCGCGUGGAGGGGGAGAGCCGCGCAGUGAGCGUGAGGGACCUGAGCGCUGUGGAGGAGGCCUCGCUGCUGCUGCAGCACGAGUCCUUGCUUUGCUUCCAUGUGCAUCUCAUGGCAUGCCCACAUGCUCUCCCCCAGGCACAAGGCGACAAGGGCUACCGCAAUGACAGCCACAUCGCAGCAGCCAUGGACAACCGGGGGUCGCCAGCGGACAUGGCAGGGCUGCUGUGCAAGCUCACCACGGCGCGCCUGCUGCCAUGGCCGCGUGCCACUGCACUGUGCCUGCACACCAUGGCCAUGCAGGUGUAUGGGCAGCGGCGCCUGCCCUACUACCUGCCCCCCGCCACAACAGUGCUGCACAAGACAGGCAGCAUACUCGGCACUGUGAACGCAGCAGGGAUCAUCCCAUUGCCGCGCCCACCGCCCGCCCUGCACUCCUACCACAUGCGCCGCCAUCUCACCCGCCUGCCCUUGCUGCCCGCCGUGCAAGCCUCUCCUCGCCCCUCCUCUCCCGUGACCACAUUGUUCUCCUCCCCGCCACGGUCCUCCGCGCACCUGCCGGGGUAUGAGCACGCGGAGCGAGGGGUGGGUGAGGAGUCACUGCAAGUGGGUGAGGGGGGGGCAGUGGUGGUGGCAGCGUUUGUGGACAAGGUGUGGCGGCAGCAUGAGAGGGAGGCAGAGUAUGUGAUUGCGCGGGCUAGCAAGCUCGCAUAUGACACAUGGGGGGAAAGGCGACGGCUACGCCGCAUGCUGAGCGCAAGGGAGAGGAGGCGAUGGAUGGUAGGGUAG